AUGUGUCAAACAGUCGAACUUUCCUGCCCUUUUAAGCACCACACAGAGGUGAUUACAUAUUGCGCACAACGAAGCCCUACCGAAGAAUGUGCCAACUCUCAGAUCGUCGAGAAGUCGUGGGUCGCGCAUCAAUGUCCCGAAUGCAGGAUCCAGUUUGGAAAGCCCCUACGUACAGCGGAAGAGCUGUAUCGCGGACAGACAGACACUAACAAGGAGAAAGAUGCAAUGACUAUGUAUAGGAGAGUCAAGAAGGCUUAUCUAUCCAGAGCGCAAGAGUUAGCCCAAGGGCCAGAGAUCACGCCCGCGUUGAGCGAUAACGAUCGGCAACUCUUCAUCGACUACUACGUUGUACGAGCCGCAGAGGAGAGGGCUGCCCUUAGAUACGCCUGGGAAAAAAACAAAGGAGAUCUUCAAACGCCUCCACAUGGCAACAUCAAGAGGCUGAAUGCAGAAGUGGUUGAAGACUUCUCUCGCUUGGGAGCAGCAGCCGUGGCCGGAAUAGUAAAAGCAUCGAUACAUAUGGCCAAAUUUGGCAGCUAUGGCUAUAUAGUAGACGACAAAGGCAAGGCAGUGCCAGUAGAAAGCUCAGGGAACUUGAUGAGACCUGCCGCAGUACCGCAAUCAGCAGCUCAAAGCAGCUCUUCAGCAGGCGCGCAGAGAAGCAUGUCCCCAGGCCUUCCUGCAGCUAGAGCUUCCGCAGCUCAGAAUUCAGCCCAGCAAAGCAGCUACUCAGCAGGCGCGCAGAGAAAUAUACCCUCAAGCUUGCCUUCAGUCUCACAAGCAAAUCCUCCUACAGUUCCACUAACUCGAGACCUAACUAAAGCCGAAACUACCAAGGUCAACGACAUAAGGUGGCAGGAGAAAAAUGUCAGCAAGAAAAUCGCUGACCAGGUUGAGAAUGUAUGGAAUUCCAAAGCGGAAAAGGAUAGAUUCCCCGGAGUCUAUUCAGAAGGGAUGGUAAAGGUCUAUAUUCCUAGGCUCAUUAAAGCUGGCGGCGGCAGCGCGAAGAGGAUGACUGUAGACGAAAAAGAUAAGGCCCUGGCGGACAUUAUUAAAACCUUUGGACCAAAGAAGCUCCCGGUCGAUUUCAGGCCUUUUUUGAAAGGUCGUGGAUUUGCAAAGGGCAGUCUUGCAGAGAAGGCUUAUCUAGAUGGUCGGCGAUCCAGGACACCUGUUCAAUCUUCUCAGGCCCAAGGCGAGGUAGGUAGCCCUUCUUCAUGGCGGCAUGAACAUUGGGCUCAAACCUCGGCUCCCCAGGGUGGACGAGCAGUGGAACAUAGCCCAAGACGUGGAGCCCAAGCGCAGCAGCCGCACAUUCAAGACGGUCAUCCUGAGGAUCUGUGGAAGCCCGAUUCAGAUGACGAAUUGUAUCACAAUCCCGAAGAGCCUCCUGGUACAGGCAGACACGGCCGUACUCCUACUACCGCCUACAGGGAUCCAGGUGCACCUGGCCCUACUGAUCCAGCGGGAUCGACUCCACGUAGUGUGAAUUCACUACAAAGUGAUGGCACUCGUGCACCCGUCGGAGCACGUGGCACCAGCGGCGGUCCAGACAGGCACGACCACAGUCGUGCUGCGUCAAGGUCCGGUUCCGAAGGGUACUGGAACCCAGGGGCACCCGGCUACACUGGUAUAUCGUCGCCGACUUCGAGCGAUCUGCGACAAUCACCACGGAUUGCAGGUCAAUCUCCAGUCGAAUGCGAUGCAGACCGCCGCGGCCGUAGUCAAGCCGCGUCGGAAGUAAGAUUUCCAGCGUCCUCUCGCGACCGAAGGCAUACAAAUGAGCCGUCAGCGUCACCGCCAGCUGUUGCACGUCAUAUUUAUUCUAACAAAGGUAACUCCCCAUUUGAUAGGGCACCCUCGCCGAUGCCUCUCACGCCCAAUACACAAUACAUGGAGGAUAAGAUCGAGAAGGAGGCAGAGAAGAGAGGCGAAGAAUAUAAAGAUUUGGAAAGCUGGGGAAAAUCGCUAAUGGGUCAAUCGGGUAAUCCAUCAGAUCAGGGUCAUACUAGUGGAGGCAGAGCACCCUUGGUCCCCCAAAAUGUAGCAGCCGGUCGAAUACAUUCACGGCCUUCUACCAGUGGAAGCAAUCAAUCGUCUGGCGGAGGAGCUUUCGCGUCGCAGACGAACACCCCGGCCCCUGGCACAACUCAACACCACAGUGGAUCGAUGCCGAAACCACCGACAAAGAAAAGCACAUCAGAUAUGCGUGCUGCAGGUAGCCCGGGUCAGAGCUUCGGGGGCUCCUCGCUCGGCCAAGAAGUCAACUCACCGCAACCCUCAGUCGGCGCUGUCCAUCAAAGAUCUUCCAGUAUCGCCAUACGACCAAGUGCAUCUCCAGCGGCAUCGACUCCCGCAGUCACUACGCCUCUUGUUCGUCAGGCAACUCCGCCUCUCCAACAGGCAAGACCAACUAACACACCAGGACUCACCGGCGCACCGCACAAUACUACACCACAUCGUGAUCCAGUGCCUCGGACCGUGGCUCCUCCUACGGGUGCUGGAAGGAGUCAGGUCACCGGAGGCGCGCCUCAUGGUGCCGGCAAUCAGGGUCUGGCUAAUAAGCCCGCCAAGGGACCCGCCAAGAAGCCUGCCGUUAAGAAGAAGCCGUAAAGCAGCCAAGGGUAUGACACAAGACAUAUAGUAGAUAGAAUAGGAGACGGUAUAAAGGGAUUGCCGGCGCUGGAUUUCUUUCUUUUCCCGAUCGUUGAUUCUUGCAUGGUUUGUAGAGAUUCGAUUGCUUCCCUGUUUACGGAGCGAUGGUUUACGGAAGGACACGGUAGUGCGCUCUCUUUUCUUUGCUCAUUGCGGUCGGUAUAUCGGGUAGGCUUUCUGGAAAGGCCUUGUUUAUCAUUGAGUGUUCAUGGCGAAGGCGUUUCGGUAUCAGGUCGGUGGUUUGCGAUGAUCGUGAGAGCGAGUCUUUCU